UAUAUUAUACCUAUAAUUAGUGUGCGAUAACCGGCUGGUCCAGUUAAGUCGUCGGUAUCCCGUGCAACGAUCGAAAAAAUGACAUAAGUUCGCGGCUGUUGUUUACUCAGCGCCGUAUUGGCACCUUGCACUAUGCGCCACAUUGGAGUGCGAGAGAAUCACCGGCUUAUCUACCGUUUUCUUGUGCAGGAGGUGCGCAAGUGUGCGCAGAAAGUCUUUUGAGGUUAUAAAUUUCGAUCAAGUGUUAACUCUUUGUUGACGACCACGACGACGACUACGGCAAGGAUGAGGGGCGGAGGUGGCAUGUUUGACGUGCACGAGUUCGGAAAGCGGGUGCGACGCUCCCUGGACGGAAACUACUCCUACAGGAAGAUCCUCGUGCUGCUCGUUAUCUUCGGCGGCUUCCUGCUCUACGUCGGACCUUCGCUUUUUCAGUGGCUCUUCUCCAGCAGGAGAGAACCCAUAGAAGCCUACGAGGAACACUGUAUCAGCGAGCGCUUGGCUGGAUUCUACUUUGACUCUGCGGAAUACAAUGCCAAUGUCUUGUUCAACCCACCAAAGGAGGAUGAACAUACUUAUCUGCCCUAUGUGGGCAAUGGUUUAUUUGGUAUUCCAAUACAGUCGGAAUCUUGGCUCUACAUAAAGCACGGCAGAACUCUGUCUCUACCCGUGAAGUGGCAGCCACUAAUCAGCUAUCAGGUUCCCGAAUAUAUUUCCUACAAGGAGGCAACUGUUACCCACUACACCAAGGGUAUAGUUUACAAAUAUCAGUGUUUUCGGGAUGGAUACCACAUAGGUUAUCAAUACUACGCUCAUAGAGAACUGGAAGGAAUCUUUGUGCAAGAAAUCAAAAUUUCCAACCCUUUGAGCAAUCUGCAGGAGUUGCCAUUCAAAACUCAAGCUUCCGUUCAUUGGACCGAUUCUCUCACAGAGUCCAUAAACAUCCUAGUCGAGCGCACCAAUCAUGAGUUUACCCUAGUCUCAGGGUACAUAAAUGUACCUAGUUCUAGCAAAGUUGUGGCUGUUUCGAUAGUUUAUCAAGCUGCAUCGAAAAACAUAGAAGUCAAGGCGAGAGGUUCUGUGAAAAUGGAGUAUUUAGCUAGUAUUAAAUACAGUGAACCUAUUGCAAUGGACCAAUAUAGACAUGAAAGAGAUUCAGUUAGAGAAAAAGCCAUUGAUCAAAUGAGGAAAGCUCUUGUAAAACAGCAGAGUCUAGGCUUGAAGCAAGAGCAUGUAAACACCUGGCAAAAGUAUUGGCAUUCUGGCUUCAGAAUAAGCGAUUCCAAGGCAAAAGGAGCUAUCAAUGGCUACAAAAUAAAUUCUACCAUUUACUAUGUUUUGAGUCAAGUGCCAAAAGCCUUACCAGACGUUGAAAAGAGCGUCAUCAACAAUGAAGGUUGUUACAGAGGACAUCAUACUUUGGACGCUCCUCGCUUAUGGAGAGACACUUCUACGAUCGACGCAAUCAAUGAACUGGUUAGAGCUUGGUCCAUAACUUUGGAAAAACAAGGUUGUCAUAGACUGAUGACCGGCAAUCCCUCUGCUGUAUUACAAGCCAUUGUUCUGAGCCUUGGAGGUUUGAGGUUUAGCAAUCAACAUUUGGAAUUCAACAUAGAUCCUCAACACUUGCACAGAGACUUUUUAUUCAGGAGGAUUAGCUAUGAGAACGUUACGCAUCUCAAUAUAUCAGUUCACGUUAAUGAGGACAAUCGUGCUGUGUUGGGUGUAGCACUUGAUAGAAGUGAUAGUGUUUAUUAUGGAUGUGAUGCUGGCUGCUUGGAUGCUCCAGUACCGCUAAGUCAAUCAUAUACAAACUUUCCCGUAAAACUGACGACACCGCUAACGGCUAUUCUGUACAUAACUUCGGAUUAUCAGCACAUGCAAGAUUUGCAAAAUGCUCUUCAUGUGCAUGCCGUCGAUGAAGCUCCAGCACACGAUCAUCAUCUUAUGGCAUUGCACAAACAUGGUCAUCAGUUAGGAGGCUUACCCACCUUCUUUUGGGUGAGCAUAUGUUUCCUGAUCAUCGUUUUCCAUUUAUUCCUCUGCAAACUUAUCGUCUCGGAAUAUUGGGAUCAAAAAGACCGUGUUAAAGUGCGAUACAACAAGCCCUAAGUAUUGUAAAUAAUUUUUAUAGCACUCUUGUUAUGCAUUGUGUAAAGGUGAUAUAUUUUUACACAGUUAUUAAAAAAUGAGAGAGAUGUACAGGCUGCGAUAUUGUUAUAAAACAAGCAAGUGUUGAUAAAUAUAAUCGUCGUAGAUAUGUUAGAUCGUCAUUUUUAUAAGAAAAUUGUACAACUCGUUUGUUCUUCGUGUACAUUGACUUUCAAAGGACUUCAAAGGUAGUCGAUAGGUUAAUGAGUGGUCGAACGUAAGCAAAUUACGUACUUUUGGCAGUAUUUAUUCAAAUAAACAUAAUUCGAAAUUGUAUAAACCACAUAUAAAUUACAUCAAAGCUAUACAAAUGUUGAAAUUAAAAGAAUCAUCUAUGGUGCAAUAAUAUUGUAGUCUUGAAACAUUUUUUUAAUCACGCAAACGAUCGAUAAUAUAUAAUGAAGUGAAAAUGUUGUUUUUUUGAGAAAUAGCUUUAUACAAUUCUUUAGCCUUUAUAUUCCAAGUUCAUACAUAUAUAUUUGAAGUAUACGACCAGUCGUUUUACAUACUUUUAUUUCUUUUGCACAGGUAAUACUGAUUGUUGAGUACUUUUUCUUUUCUCUUAAUAAGUUUUAAUUGCUCUUUUCCAUAAAUCUCUAACGAACAAUCAUACACUAACAAACAAUAAAACUCAUUUUCAUAACACUUAUAUCUAAAACAUUCUUUCCGUGUUUGGUCUUAAUACUAAAACGGCACAGCGACCUCCUGCUGAUUAUUUUUCUAGUUUUUGAAAUCUUUAUUUACUCCCUACAAUUCUUCCUUGGAUCAAAAAAUAAACGAUUUCUUGCAAAAUUAAAAAAUAUGUAUAUAUGCCCUGGAAAAAAAUAUAAAUAUCUGGUACUGAAUCUACGUUAAAACUGUCUAACCUUGGCUAGAAAAUGUAAUUCAAGACUAGAUUCACUGUUAAAUUUACUUGACAUAUCAUGUACUUAUGAUAAACUUGGAACAAUAUAACCUCUUUUCAUUCUUCCUAAUACAUUUUUAUAUAAAAGAAAAACCAUACGGGCCUUUACUUAAUGUCAAUGAUGGCAGACGACCUGUAAGCUUUUUUCAGAUAAUCUUCUAACCAGGGACUUGUUCGUAGAGCUUAUCGUAUAUAAAUGUAAUCUCCUGAUCUUUAAUAUUUAGCUCUAAAUGUAUAAUGCACAUACGUCUUUAACACUGCUUACUAAUCAAAACACGGGAUGAUUCGCCAGACGCCUUAUCUCAUUUGUAAAGGCGACUGAUAAAUCAUAUUCACUAGCGUAUUGAUAUUAUGAUUUUGAUUAUUUUUUUCUCUUAUGAAUGACAGCAAUUACUGAUAGAGAUUUCUUAAUUCUUACGAUUUAGUAAUAAACAAUAACUUAUGUAUGUACAUUCUAUACAUAGAAUCUCUAAGAGUGAACGUAAAUCAUUGACGUUGCUUCGACAACGAUUUAUUCUCUGUUUAUACUCCUAGAAAGUAUAAAUCUUAUGGAUUUUUCAUGAAUUUUUAACGAACGUGUGUGCGUAAAGUGCGACAUAAACAAAUUACGGGAAGUCCAUUCCACGAUAUCAAGUCCGCAAUUACAACUAUCCGCUAUAUAUUAUGUAUAGUAUAUAUUUAUAAAUGUAAAGAAAAAAAUAAAACCCAACGAUAGACAUCA